UUGCGAGCAGGUGAGAGGAACCAGAGCGGAGCGACAGACGGCGGCAGAGGAACAGACUUCAUUCUCACCUUUCUCUUUUUAACUGUUCAGCUUUUAUCACCGAAUGACCGGAAACCGCUUCUUCUGUGACACCUGUGAAAGUUUGAGCGGCGCGGCAGCACGCGGCGGGACGCGGUAAACUUUUUCUUCCGCCCAGAUUCGCACCGACUGCAGCUGAAAAUGCCUUCCUCCUCUUCCUCCGCCUCCCUCCUGCUGCCUCUCCUCCUGCUUCCCCUCCUUUGGCCCUCCGGAGCGGCGGGGGACGCGGCCUGCGUCGGCUCUUUCCGCUCCGGGCACCAGGACUUCGUGCUGGACGCGGUGCACGCGGUGAAGGAGGGAGCGGUUAUGCUGGCGACCGCGUACGUGCAGACCAAGGAGGACUGCGAGCGCGCGUGCUGCGAUGACUCGCAGUGCAACGCGGUGCUGCUGGAGCCGCGCGGCAGCGCAGCGGCGGAGAACCGCACCUGCGUCCUGUUCAACUGCGUCCACAGAAACCGCUUCAGGUGCAGGUUCGUGAACCAGGCCGGGUACAUGAGCUACAUCCGGCAGUCCGUGUACGCGAAGUACCUGCAGGGACCGCAGGUUCGAGGUGAGCAGGCUCCGCCCAUCGCCGUCACAAGCCAGGAUAUGGUCAUCCAGGCCGGCGAGACGGUGACGCUCAGCGGCAUCGAGAGCGUGGCGCGGGGCAACGCCAAAAUCGCCGACUACGAUUGGAAACUGCACAGCGGAGACGACAACUUUGAUACGGAGGGGACCGAAUAUCAGGAUGAGAUGGUGGUCUCAAACCUGCAGCCGGGCUUGUACGUCUUCCAGCUGACCGUCACCGACUCCAACAACCUAUUAGGCACGGACACGGUCAACAUCCUCGUCCUCAACCUGGAGCAGACCAACUGGUAUUGUCGGGCUCCGGUGAAGGUCGGUCCGUGUCGCGCUCACUUUCCUCGCUGGCAUUACAACGCAUCGACAGGAACGUGUCAGAAGUUUGUGUUUGGAGGCUGUAAACAAAACAAAAACAACUACCUGUCUGAAAACGAGUGCAUGAGUGCCUGCAGGGGAGUCAACGCGACGUCAGAGAGGAGCGUCACUUUUCCUACUGAGGCGUGUGACCCUCCGUGCCUCCCCGGUCAGCUGAUCUGCAACGGCAGCGAGUCGGACGAGGAGCAGUGCAGCAAACUGAACCAGACCUUCAGCCGCCUGCUGCGCAUCGACGUGAACCAGAAGGAAGCUCAGUGCACGGAGCCCCCCCUAACCGGACCGUGUCGGGCGAGUCACUCCCGCUGGUACUACGACCCUCUGGACAGGAAGUGCCACCACUUCACCUUUGGCGGCUGCCACGAAAACGGAAACAACUUUGAGAAGGAAAGCAAGUGCAACAAGGAGUGCGAAGGCGUGACGGAGCAAAACGUGUUUAUCAAAGGCGUGUUUGAUCGUCUGGAGAAGGACGAGAACGACGAGGAAAGUGACUCAGCAGGAAGCAUCGCGCUGGCUGUUCUCCUGUCGGUGGCCAUCUUGGCUCUGCUGGCGAUCUUGACCUACUGCUUCCUGAGGUCCAGGAAGCGGCGCACUCAUACGCCUGUCGCCACAGGCCCCGCCCACGUGCCGCUGGCUGAGCAGGACGCGCUCGUUUACAACAGCACCACCAAACCCGCGUGACGUCAUCACUGCCGCCGCUAUGGCGACCUGUUACCACAGCUGCUGUGUGUUGUUUUCAUGUAAUUAUUGCUGCCGUUUUUGUUGCUUCGUUUUUUGUUCAGUUUUUCACCUCCAGAAGCUAAAGAACCUUCCUGCCUCUGCACACCAGACUUAAUGAAUUUUCCUCAGUAAUUUACAGUGAAACUGUGAAUUCUGUUAUAAAACAAGUUAAAUCCAGUUUAAAAAGAAUUGUUAGCGUCUGACUCGCAUUCAUCUAACUUCUGUAGAAAGAUGUUUUUAAUGGACGUUUGUUGGGUUUCUGUUCAAGCGUGAACGUGCGCCUCUGUUUAAUUUGUUAGCGUUAAUAUAAAUAGAGUUCUGUCUGUUUGGGUCUCAGGGUUUUUGUUUCAGAUUUAAAAUGAGGAACAUGAAAAUGUUUGUUUCCAGCUGUUUGACUGUAAAUAUGAAGUAAUAGGUUGUUUAUACAUCUGCUGCCAUCAUGUGUUUAAUGUUUUUAAUGUUUUUAAUCUUCUGUUUGUCAAUAAAGAAGAAACACAA